UGCGCCCGUUUCAUCGCGACGUGAGAGAAAAAGGGAGACCCAACAAGUCAAUCACGACUGCUAUUCUUCUUUGUUCCGUUCUGUAAGUGUUCUUCGACACUGCGAAGAUCUAUAAAAUACAGUCCUUUAUCGCGACGCCUCCCCUCCUCCCAUCCACCUCCAUGGCCGUCCAUAUCUCGGCUGCUACCGGAACGGCAGCCACCUACAAUGGCAGGGUCACAACCUUUGUGGUCAUCUCCUGCGUCAUGGCUGGCAUGGGAGGCGUCAUCUUCGGCUACGACAUCGGGAUCUCAGGUAAGUAAUCCCUUCGUCGGCCAGCCACGGGUGAGCUUCUCUUCGUUCAACUCGGUUCUACUUGUAGGUGGAGUGACCUCCAUGGAGUCGUUUCUGGAGAAGUUCUUCCCGGACGUGUACGCCAAGAUGAGAGGGGACUCCGCCGUAAGCAACUACUGCAAAUUCAACAGCCAGUUGCUGACGACCUUCACGUCGUCGCUGUACGUCGCCGGGCUCUUCGCCACCUUCAUCGCCUCGUGGGUGACGCGGCGGUUCGGCCGCAGGCGGACGAUGCUGGCGGGGGGUUUCGCUUUCAUGGCCGGGGCAGCGCUCGGUGGAGCUGCGGCUGACAUCUACAUGGUCAUCUUCGGCCGCGUCUUGCUGGGUAUAGGCGUCGGAUUAGCCAACCAGUCCGUUCCGUUGUACCUCUCGGAGAUGGCUCCGCCUCAGUAUCGAGGGGCGUUCAACAAUGGCUUCCAGUUCAGCAUUGGAAUCGGAGCUCUCAUUGCGAACAUCAUCAACUAUGGCACCGCGAACAUUAAGGGCGGGUGGGGCUGGCGAGUCUCCCUGGCUUUAGCAGCAGUUCCAGCUUUGUUGCUGACACUCGGAACCUUCUUCCUUCCCGAGACUCCGAACAGCCUCAUUCAACAGGGCGGCGACGUCCACGACGCCAAGCAGCUGCUCCAAAAGAUUCGAGGCACCACCGACGUCGACCAGGAGUUGGAGGAUCUCGUCGCGGCCAGCAACGCGUCCCGGAUCGUUCGCCGGCCGCUCCGAACCAUCGUUCGACGAAAUUACCGUCCCCAGCUGGUGAUGGCCAUCGCCAUCCCCUUCUUCCAACAGGUGACCGGCAUCAACGCCAUCGCGUUCUACCAGCCGGUGCUGUUCCGGACCAUCGGCCUGGGCCAGAACGCGUCCUUGAUCUCGGCCGUCGUCGGGGGAGCGGUCGGCAUCUCCUCCACGCUCAUAUCGAUGAUCGUGGUGGACAGACUCGGCCGGCGUCGACUGUUCCUGAUCGGGGGGAUCCAAAUGUUGAUUUCGCAGGUGAUAAUUGCGGGAAUACUGGCGACCCAGCUCGGCGACCACGGUGGGGUGAGCAGAGGAUACGCCUACCUCGUCCUGCUGUUGAUAUGUGUAUACGUCGCUGGUUUUGGGUGGUCAUGGGGGCCGCUGGGCUGGUUGGUCCCCAGUGAGAUCUUCCCACUGGAGAUACGGUCUGCAGGGCAGAGCAUUACAGUGGCCGUCAGUUUCAUCUUCACCUUCAUCAUAGCUCAGACCUUCCUGGCCAUGCUGUGCCACAUGAAGUCCGGGAUCUUCUUCUUCUUUGCGGGAUGGCUGGUCAUCAUGACCAUGUUCAUACACAUGCUGUUGCCAGAGACCAGGAACAUACCCAUGGAGCAGAUGGGCAAAGUGUGGAGGGAACAUCCGUUUUGGAGGAGGAUCGUUGUGGAUGAAGGAGAGGAGUCCAAAAUGGAUGGAUGAUCUGUUCUAACAUAUAUUAACAGGAUCAAGCUCUUGUUGAUCGCAAUCCGUCGAUUGCACUUGGUGUAUUCACAAGUGAUGCAGAAGCAUUUCAGAAUUGCAUGUAUCGAUCCUCUCUCUCAAACAUUAGAUAGAAUAAUCGACAAGUACGGGGCUCUACUUAUGCUUAACAAAAUCGUAUGCGGAUA